AUGGAAAAAACACCCGUGAACGCUGCUGAAGCCACUAGCGGUAAUUUCUCAUGGCCAUGGGUUGAUAGUGACUCCUCUGUCAUGGAGGAGGUGGUUAUACCACUAAGUUUGCAAAGGAGAGUAGAGGGUUUGCUUCAGGAACAUCUUGACAGAAUGCAGCUGAGUUCUGAAAACCCCCAUGGAAAUUCAGAUGAAACAAUGUCAAACAAUCAAGUUGAAGAUCUGGACACCAAUGAAAACCCAGAUUCUUUCCUAGAUGGGUCUGUCAUGGAGAAGAUCCUCCAGAGGCGAAGCUUGCGCAUGCGUAAUAUGCAGAGAGCUUGGUUGGGAUCAUCUGAAGGGCGGAAGAUGCUAGAUUUUCGGAGAUCUCUCCGUGCGUUCAAGGAGAAGGAGAGGCUGCUUCAAGCAAUUGCAAGGAAUCAGACUCUCUGUCUGUUGGAUAUAUUUGCAGAAAAUAAUCCUUGA